GUGGGGAUCUCGGGGGCUGAGAAACACAUCCUAUUGAGAGGGGCUUCAAUUGUGGCCCUACCGCCAGCCAUGAAAGCCCACCGAGAUGUGCAAUUGGAUAUUGUGUGCACAAGCCGUUCUGCCGUCGGUCGCAGUGCACGCAAAGCCCAGAGGAGAUAUCGGAUGCCAGCAAUACUGUUCAAAAGAUGUGAAAGAGCCUGGGAGGUCCCGUAUGAGAGCUCUGCUCAUGAGUUUGCCAUUUGCUAUGGGAGAAAGAAUAACCGCCGUCACACAUGCCUUGCCAUCGAGGCGCAGUUACCAGCCGAAAAAGACAGAAUUGCAUGAGCCGCAAGAACAAUCGUCGGCUGGCGAUCCCUGGGUGAACCAAAAGAUUCGACAGGCUUCAUCGUCAGUCGCACCGAGAAGCCAUGUCUACGAAGGAGCCGUGCCUAGCCGCUGCGCCCUACCGUCUGACGAGGCUAAUAUUGAGGGGAUCCCAGCAGUCUAUAACGUUGAACCAAGACCAGGUGGAUAUGGUGGCAGCGAAGAAUAGCCUGCUAGAGAG